UCUCCCUCUGAGCCUGAAAGCUUUAGAGACAGCUCCAAAAAGCAGUCUUGUACUUUUACUCUGCUUGGAAAUUUUGCACAUGCUUUGCUGAAUGGCGGAAGAAGGUUUAAACGAGCCAAGAGGAGCAAUUCGAGGGCAUUUAACUUCGACCCUGCUAGCAGCAGCAUUGCUUUCGUCUUUUGGCAGCUCCAUGCUCUAUGGCUAUAACUUAGCUGUAGUCAAUUCUCCUGCUCAGUACAUAAAGGACUUUUAUAACCGCACUGCAGUGAGGCGUAAUGGGAGCGGCCUGAGCAAUGACAGCAUAACAGUGCUUUAUUCCAUUACCGUGUCCAUUUUCGCCAUUGGUGGAUUGGUAGGCUCCUUCACUGUGGGAAUGCUAGUCACCAAAUUUGGAAGAAGAGGGACACUGGUAAAAAGUACAGUACUAGUGUUUGUAGCUGGUGGACUCAUGGGCUUAAGCAGGCAUGUUGGCGUUCCUGAGAUGAUCAUCAUCGGUCGCUUCAUCACAGGAAUACAUUCGGGGAUUUCUCUUAGUGUAGUGCCCAUGUUUCUGGGAGAAAUCGCUCCAAAGAACCUACGCGGUUUCCUGGGCCUUGUCCCUAGCAUAUUCAUCUGUAUUGGAGUUUUCAUUGCUCAAGUUCUGGGACUUCAUGAAGUUCUGGGAAAGGAAGAGCACUGGCCUCUUUUCCUCUCUCUAGUUGUAGUCCCAACAUUUGUGCAGUUAAUGCUAUUGCCGUGGUUUCCUGAGAGUCCUCGUUACUUACUGAUUGAGAAACACAACAUUCAUGCAACUCUCAAUGCUCUGAGGUGCUAUAGAGCAAAAACUAAUAUCCAGGCAGAGGUGGAGGAGAUGCAGAAGGAGCAGCGCUCACUCUCUUCAGUGAGGACCGUCUCGGUGUACGAGCUGCUAAGAGACAGAUCCGUUCGCUGGCAGGUCAUAUCAGUCUUGGUCAUCAACAUGGGAAUGCAGCUGUCUGGCAUUGAUGCGAUUUGGUUUUAUACAAACUCCAUCUUCGAGAAUGCGGGAAUCUCUGUCUCACAGGUUCAGUACACAACAGUGGGCACAGGUGCCAUUGAGGUUAUUGCUGGACUUAUCGGGUGUUUUACUAUCGAACGAGUAGGUCGCAGGCCUCUAUUAAUUGGUGGAUUCAGCUUUAUGGGCAUGUGCUGUGCAGGCAUCACAAUUUCUCUUGUUCUUCAGGCUCGCAUACCCUUUAUGCACUAUGUCAGUGUGAUCUGUGUGGUGGGCAUCAUUGCAGGAUUCUGUAUUGGGCCUGCUGGAGUACCCUUCCUCAUGACAGGUGAGCUGUUUAAGCAGUCACACCGACCCGCAGCUUACAUUGUUGGGGGAGCGCUCAACUGGUUAUCUAACUUCACUGUCGGAUUUGUCUUCCCAUUCCUGCAGAUGUCAGCGGGAGCUUUCAGCUACCUGGUGUUCUUCGGCAUUUGUGUGGGUGUGGCAGCCUAUGUCUACUUUGUCAUCCCUGAAACAAAGAACAAGACGUUUGUGGAAAUCAGCCAGAUGUUCACUACUAGGAACAACUGUGAGCUUGAGGGUGAACAGCUGCCCAUCACUGACAAUCUUGGCCUCAGGAUGAAGAACAGAUACGGAGCAAUGGAGAAAAAGGGGAAAGAGGAUAUUUACACGUGGAGUGAUGACGACUGGAUGGACUGAUAUGAAAAACAGAGUUUUGUUAUAUUUUCCUAAUGUGACUUUUGGUGCUGAACAAUCCACACAUUCUCAAUUUCUCUGUGAAAUAAAGUGAACUAAACAGAUCCUGUCAGACCCAUCACGCUACAAUAUACCAUAUAUUUCUCAACAACCCCCCAAAAGGCAUCUAAAAUAGUUUUACCUGUAUAGAUGAGACAAUACAAUGAUUAUCUGACCCCUUUUAAUGUCAGUUCACUGAAAUAUAAGGUUUCCUAAUCAAACAAAAUAAAUAAGAAAAUGCUCAGUUUCUGUUUAAACCAGGCAUGUUGAAUAAUAUCUGUAAUAUCGUAAUAUCUAAAUAUAGUUUCAGGAACAUUUUCACAAAUAUGGUGCUCUGGAUUAGCUGAACAUUAACCUUUGCUGUCCAAGACUUAAAUCUUCUCAGGUAGUGGUUCAUAUUCAAUAACUCCCUCACAGGCCUGCAAUUUGCAGCCUAUUUAACACUAAAGUGCAGGAGACUAUGUUGGAGGAACAGAUAUUUAUAUUAAUAAAAAACUAUGAAACACAUUAAAGGUCAGGUUUUGCUGCUUGCUUUUAAAAAGAACUUUAUUGAAUUUAUUAUCUCACAAUUUUUCACAGACUAAAGGACCAAGGUCGCUCUGUUUAUUUAGAGGCUAAAUCCCACUGGCACCACUUUCAAGAUGAAGUGAUGAUAAGAUCCAAUGAUAAGUUUUUAACAGUGAUGAUUUACAGUAAGAUUCCCUCAACUAGAGUUACAGUACAUACGGCUUUAGUUAGCAAGAACGAAUGUCAAAAUUCUUAAGUGUUGUAAUACAUGAAUUAACUGGAAUUGGUUUAUAUGUCAACUAAAUACACCUGCACUUACAAAAUUGACUCAAUCCAUGACUAAAAACAAGUUUAUUCCAGGAAAAUGACGUGAUAACUAAUAUCAGUUAAGGGAAACUUAACAUAACGUGUUACCUUAAUAAUUCUAGAAAAUAUUUUGUUUUAUUUACAGAAAACAGUAGACAUAUUAAUGUAUUAUAUAAUGAGUUGAUGCUAUACGGUAUGUAGCAUGAGAAUUUAUUUUUCUCACUCUAGACAGUCAGAAAUGCUGUAAAUGGACAAUGUUAGUAGUGUCAUUAUUAUUAGAAUGAAAUGCUGUGAGAAUUGAAGAUAUUUCAAAAUACUUGAUUGAAAAUGAUACAUGGAAUGAAA